AUGUCUAUGCCACCGACUUAUAAACAAAUUGCAGUUAGUACACCUGUACAAAGUACUCAACGAUUAAGAGCCUCGGGUGGUGGAGGAGGUGGAGAUGGAGGAAGCCGAAAAGAUAAUUCGGGGUCACCUUUUAUAGUGACCCCACACAGUCAUCCUGGUUAUUUACCGCAGAAAGUUAGCAAAGCUAGUGCUUCUGCGACUGCCCUAAAGCCACCGAAAGCCCCAGAGAAACCACUCAUGCCCUACAUGAGAUACUCUCGUAGAGUUUGGGAUUCAGUAAAAGCAAAUCAUCCAGAUCUAAAAUUAUGGGAAAUUGGAAAAAUCAUUGGAGGAAUGUGGAGGGAUUUGCCCGAGAGCGAAAAAGUUGAAUUUGUUGAAGAAUAUGAAGCUGAUAAAGUGGAAUAUGAAAAGAAUUUGAAAGCUUAUCAUAACUCAUCUGCUUAUUUGGCUUAUAUUGCUGCUAAAAAUAGAGUAAAACCAGUGACUCUUGUCUCAGAAGAAAGAGACGUUCAUGAUCGUUCAAGUGGCAAACAACAACAACAAGACAGAAGAAUUGAUAUUCAACCAGCUGAAGAUGAAGAUGAUCAAGAUGAUGGUUACUCUGCUAAACAUGUAGCCUUCGCUCGCUAUAACCGAAAUCACCGCCUGAUUAAUGAAAUAUUUUCUGAUGCUAUCGUACCAGAUGUCAGAUCUGUAGUUACAACAUCUAGAAUGCAGGUUUUAAGAAGACAAGUCCAUUCUUUAACAAUGCAUCAGAAAAAAUUAGAGGCUGAGUUGCAGCAGAUCGAAGACAAAUUUGAAACUAAGAAGAGGAAGUUUAUUGAAAGCAGUGAAACUUUUCAACAAGAACUAAAGAAGCACUGUAAACCAGCCGUGACCGAAGAAGCGUUCCAGAAAAUGGUGGAAAAACAAUACGAGGCUUUGCGACAAGAACGUUUAGCCGGACCAAAAAAGGUCCUCGGGCUGAUGAUGCCAACAGAGGAUCAGCUGGUGGUACAGGGGGCCCGAAAUCUGUCGAAGAGGCCCAGAAUAAUGCUCCUGCGGCUGCAGGUGCUACUAUGGCAUCUGCACCGACUGAGGAUAGUCAGGGAUCGAGAGAGAGGCAGUAUAAUGCAUUCCAAUUCUAUAGAAGAAACUGUACGAUCUAAGGAUUUUAAUGUAGAGUUCCGUUACAGUGACAGAAAUGUUUGA